GAGUGCUUGCGGCUGAGGUUCUACUGCUGGCAGAGAGAAAGGCGGGGUUGGCAUGGGGCAAUGCUUGAGAUACCAGAUGCACUGGGAGGACCUGGAAGAGUACCAGGCCCUGACCUUCCUGACCAGAAAUGAAAUUCUGUGCAUCCACGACACCUUCCUGAAGCUCUGUCCUCCCGGGAAGCACUACAAGGAGGCAACACUCACCAUGGACCAGGUCAGCUCCCUGCCGGCCCUGCGGGUCAACCCUUUCAGAGACCGUAUCUGCAGAGUAUUCUCCCACAACGGCAUGUUCUCCUUUGAGGAUGUGCUGGGCAUGGCGUCUGUGUUCAGUGAGCAGGCCUGCCCCAGCCUGAAGAUUGAGUACGCCUUUCGCAUCUACGAUUUUAAUGAGAACGGCUUCAUUGAUGAGGAGGACCUGCAGAGGAUCAUCCUACGACUGCUCAACAGUGACGACACGUCUGAGGACCUGCUGGUGGACCUCAUGCACCACGUCCUGAGGGAGUCGGAUCUGGACAAUGACAACAUGCUGUCCUUCUCAGAGUUUGAACAUGCAAUGGCCAAGUCUCCAGAUUUCAUGAACUCCUUUCGGAUUCACUUCUGGGGAUGCUGAUGUGGCUGCAAACACCUGGCGUGGCAGCCUCACGGGAGAACACCGGAAUCGAGUCCCCUCCGCUGGUUUCACGUAUGACUUUGUCCUGGGCCCACCCUCACCUCUAGAAUAUUCUUUAUUAGAUAAAAUAAAAACCCUUUUCCUUA